AUGGAUUCCAAUAGACUGUGCAGAUACACCUUGCAGUUCUGCCUGAGUAUACAGAUUGUUCUGGGUCUAGAUAAGGUGACACUCCUGAAUCCUCCAGAGGAGCCUACAUCAGGCCAUCCUUUGAAAGUACUUUACUCUUGUGAUAAGACUGCUACUGUGUGGCUGGAGUGUAUUGUAUCUUUCGACACGGGUGCAAUGUCCACACUUACCCUAGGACACUGGACCUGUGUUCCCGGUAAGGCGAAAAUAAAGGUAGUGAGGUUGGGCUUCCCAGAUUGGUUGGUAUACCGAGCGGAUGGGAUAGUUCCUGACGUUCAGUGGGUGCUGAGCGCUGUCCUUCGAGUUUCAGUCGGGUACAGUGGACUGGAUGAUAGACACAGGUCUGUCCUGGUUCAGGAUGUGGCGACUCUGCAGCCUGUACCUUCUCUGAGCCGUCCUCGGAAGCAGCAUCCACUCUGCCCUGCCUGGAGUGCAGAGAUGCUCCUGCUAGCCCAUAAAACAUGGAAGAGUCAGUGCCCACUCGAGAAAGAGACAGUCCAUUUGCUUUCCUCGAUGUAUGCCUCAACCGGAGAGAACUUUGGCAUCACAAAGGUUUUGGGCGUCUACGGAGAUAAAGGCUUGGAGUACUUGCGUCUGAAAGCUGUCGCUUUUCCAUGGUGUAUGUUUUCCAUUUGGGUAUUUGUGAUCAGGCACUGUCAGCAAAGUAUGUGUGGGGUGUUUCACCACAUAGACUCCCACGAAAACUAUUUCACACCAGCGCUCUUCCUCACAAGUUCAGGCAAGCUACACGUGCAGAUGAACGGAGAGUCCGGGGACUCUUCCGCGUUUCUGUGCCCGUUCCAGGUGCCUCUGAAUCAGUGGUGUAACUUCAAUGUGGCGCUGCGUGGAAGAGCGGUGACUGUCUCCAUGAAGUGCACGGACGAUAAGAAGCGCCAUAUAGUUCAUUCUUCAGACCAUACAUUUAGACAUCCUGUAACUUUAGAUGACACGGAUGGUUAUUUUGUGAUUGGAGGAGGGAAAUACGUGAGAGGACUGGAAGGUUUUUACGGGCCCUUGGUUUACUACCGCAACAGAAUACCUCAGUACAGCACGUCUGACGUUGCUGUUCCAGAGAUUAUUGAGAAUGUGAACCUUAUGGGAUGGCUACAAGCAUGUCAAGAGUUCCGUCUUGAUCUGAAUGUAAAAAUCACUGGAUAUUCACUAAAGGCCAGGAAGGAGGCCGAGUCUGAGCGCUGUGUUGAUGCUUAUUACAAUUGGAUGGUGAAGGAUACACGCCCAUUAAAUUUGAGUUGUGAACCCUGGGAAGAGACUUUCCCGCGUAAACAAAAGGCUGCAAAACUGGCCAAGUUCUUGGUUUUCAAACAUGGAGGAAGAGAGGUUACCCUUGCAUCAGUGGGCAAAGCCCUAUACGCCUCAUCCCUUCGUAAGCUGAGUAAAGCAAGUCGUUUUGGAGAGCUGAAAAAAAUAUUGCCGCUACUGCUCCAAGCUGACUGCUUAGGAAAUAAUGAAGCUCUGCACUUGUCUGCUUCCCUCUACAACACCGGCCUGGGAGUGAAGAGGCAGCCCAUUAAGGCAUGGCUGCUGACCUUGCUGGCCGCCCAGAAGGACUCCAGACUGGCACUCCUUCGUCUUGGCUACCUGCACCAACAGGGUGACCUUGACUUUCCACCAGAUACAGACCUGGCCUAUGCAUAUUACGCCAAUAUAGCUAAGCAGACAACUGUAGACCGUCAGAAACAAUCAGCACAGCAGACAUUUGUUGAGUCCAUUUACCUGAACAAUGAGGAGGUUUUGGAACUCCAAACCAACGAGAACCAUCACAUCUUCCAGUGGCUGAGUCUGCAGGCCCGCAACGGAGCAGCAGAGGCUGAGCAAGCUAUUGGCCGCAUGCUGUUCUGGGGUCAGCAGGGGGUGUCUCCUGACAUCCAGAAAGCUGUGAGACACUACGAGAGGGGUGCCACCAGACUCAGAGACCCUGUGGCAAUGUACGACUACGCCAUAGUCCUAAUGCAGGGACAUGGAGUUGAAAAGGAUAUCCCGAGAGCUGUUGCCUUCCUGAAGAAAGCAAUGGAACAGGGUUUUUCACCUGCAAUCAAUGCCCUUGGCUGGUACUAUGAGCAGUUUGAGAAGGACUAUGAGCGUGCAGUGCAGCUGUGGGAACAGGCUGAUCUCCAUGGGAGCCCUGAUGCUGCCAUGAAUCUUGGUGUCAUGUACUCCCAGGGCCUCUAUCCCGGAAAAGCUGCAGAUCAGUCCAUGGCCUAUAAGUACUAUCUGAAAUCUGCACAGAGAGGGCAUGUCAGUGGAGCUGUUCAUUUAGCUGAUCUGUGGACCACUGGGAUUCCUGGCCAUGUCGAGAGGCGUCCGUCAGACGCCGUAUUGUGGGCGAAGUGGGCAGCCGAACACAACGGAUACCUGGGCAAGGUCUUGCGGAGAGCCUUGGACUCCUACCUUGAAAGUGACAUGUUGAUGUCAUUCCUGUUUUAUGUGAUGGCUGCUGAAUCAGGGUUUGUGGCUGCCCAGUUCAAUGUGGCAUAUCUCUGUGAGCAAAAUCUAGGAGAUUUGCUGGACCCUGAUUUUGCAGUGCAUUGUAUGAAGAAAUAUUACAACCUUACAAUCCAGAGUCAAACUCCCGACACCUAUGCCCUGAUCAGAAUGGGUGAUCUGCUGUACGAGGUGCAGAAAGACCUGUUCUCUGCAGCACACAUGUACAAAAAGGCAGCGCUCGGGCACAAUGCACAGGGAUGGCACAACCUGGGGUUUCUUGUUGAAGAAGGAUAUAGGCUGCCGUUGUCAGUUUUAAUUGAACUGGGUCUGUCGGAGCUGUACCUGGCAGAUAGCAAUGUGCUUGUAACUACUUUGUACACCAGAUGCAGAGACUCAGAGGGAACAGAUUCCUACUUGCCUUGUGCCCUCUCGCUCUUCAGUGUUUACUGGCAGUCAUUCCAAAAGGACUACAUUCCUACUAUUAAGCUCUCCAGUACUCUUGCAGUGGUUGUUGCAGCUCCACCAGUAGUUAUAAUCGUUCUCAGUCUUCUCAGGGGGCGUGGCUUGUCUCCGCACUAGGAUGCAAGGAUCUUAUUGGAUUGAACGGCACAAAGAAAUGAACUGGUACUGUCACCUGAGUUCGCUGAGAAUAUAAUCUUGUUUAUCAUAACCAAAUGAACAUGGUAUCAGAUCCUGAGAACUUUACUUUAGCUUGAUAGCAAACUCUGGACCCUGUGGAGGUUCUUGGAUGUCUGAGCUCUAGGUCUACAAAGACUACAUGGUGUGAAGUCCCAAGGGUUUUCUGGUGAGAAUACUGCUUCUGCAGUCAGAAACUAGGAUUUUUAAACAGUGGAAACAUUCUCCCACUCCUCUAACUGAAACAGCAGGAUACACUGCCAGGUGAUGCUAUCAGAGGAGAAUAGCUGACUUAUGUUUAUGUCACAGAGUUGGCUGUUAUGGAGUAAACACCAAGGUGCAGACUUUUUAUUAUUUUUGUACUCAUUCAUCAUAAGAAUGAGAAGUUUGAUCUGUAAAUACUAAACAUGUAUAAAUCAUGUCAUCUUAACACUAUUUUUUUCUAUAUAAUUGGCCUGCAUUUUUGCUUUGAAAAGGAUUUAUGAUGAUAAUAAUGGUAAACAUUUUGCUGCCACACUAACCUCCAUUCCAGACUUCAUUGUUCAUCCAUCGUUGGUUAUUCUCUGCAUGUCCCGUUUUAUUUGAAAUUGCCACUUAGACCUUCCUCUGUAUGUAGCAUUUUCAGCACGAUGCUCCCUACAAAGUUUUUCCAACUUGUUAUAUAAAUUGUUUACUCAGACCUGUCGCCUUGCUACCAUAAUGCUUGUUUGUACCAUUAUAUCUGGACGACCUGGGUGAAUGUUCACCUGCUAUCAAUAAACUGAAAUAAAAUAACAAGUCAUAGACAC